UCGGACGAGCGAAAAGCUGUGCCUCUUGAGUUGAUGCAAUCGCAAGAAAGGGAGAAUCAGGUGAAUUCGUCUGCACGCGGAUACAAGAAGAAACCCAGUGAAUCUGUCAAGCAGGUAAAAAAGGAAGACCAACUUCAAACUGAGCACAUUUCGGUGAAUGGUGAUCAUUCAAAAACCGCAGAGGGAAUCGAGCAAAUGGAACACGAGCUAGAUGAAGAAAUUACAUGGAUAAUGCAAAUUUUGUCAGACGAUGAAUCAAAUCCAGUGGAACAGAAAACGGCCCACGUCGCAGAGCCCACCGACGUGCCCGCAAUCCAUCCAAUAGAGACUCGUGAUGAAGUUGUUAGUGAGGCCGAUGACGCAGAGAUCGAAUCGUCGGAUCUUCUGCGGCAAUUUUAUUCGUCAUACAUUCGUCCGAUCCGGAAGGUUGAACCAGCAGCUGAUCCGAUCACGACAGACGUUCGAUAAGCCUACGAAAAACGCGUGUAAAUUUCAGUAGAAUCAUACUGAGGAUUCUACUAUAUUUUUUCUCAAUUCUCAGUGUACAAAGGUGUCGUGCAUAAUAAAAAUUCCAAAUGA